CUGUUAUAAAAACACAUGGUCGCCACGCUGUCCAUCUUGCACCUUAGUUUUCUUCUCACUUAAUACAGCUUGUAGACCUUGCCUGUCAAUCAGCGCAUAAAAUGUGGGUUUGUGUUUUUUUUAAGUGCCCCAUAGUGUCCCUCUGUGUGCAUCCAGCAGUCGCUAAAGCAGGUCCCUUUGAUGAAUGUGUAGGUCGUUUCCAGCCUUUUUCUGCCACAUCAGCACUGCUGUUUGAUGUCUUUCCAUGUGUGUCCUUGUACACGUGUGCACUUGAGUCUGCAGAAUCCAUUCCUGACGGUGGACUUGUGGGCCAAAGUAGUGUGCAUUGGAAGUGUCAAUGGACAGUUGUCCGCUUGCCCCCCCAGCAAAGUUCACAUUGUUUUUGCCCAUCGUUGUGUCCGCAGCGCCAGCUGAACGAUCGGACCCCUCUCCCCUGCCAGAGUGCUGAACUGUUUGGGAAGUAAAGCAGUUGGCCAAAGCAGCACUAGUCACGACAGCCGAAAGGUGAAACAGCAAACAAAGGGGGUCUGUCCAUCCAGCAGAGUGCGAUUCGGCCGUGGAAAAGAAUGAAACACUAGCACGUGGUACAACGCGGAUGACCCUUGAAACCGGGGUGCUUAGGGAAGGAAGCCACACACAAAUGGCCUCAGAAAGUAGAUGAGUGGUUGCCAGGGCAAGGGGAGGAGGACAUGGGGAGUGACUGCUCCACGGGUACAGGGUUUCCUUUUGGGGCGAUGAAAACCGUUCCGAAACUAGGUGGCAGUAAUGGGUGCACAGCAUUGUGGAUGUGCUUAAUGCUACUGAAUUGUACGCUGUAAGCAAAUGGUUAAAAUGGUCAAUUUUAUGCUAGAUGUGCUUUACCGCAAUAAAAAAGUCAAUAGAUAGCAGCCAGAAUAUUACUUUUAUUGUUGAUCAAACUGAGCGUAUGGCUUACAAGUGAGCCCCAGACUGCCUUUCCAGGUGGUCCUGGGCCUAGGACAGGCCCCAGCCCCGCCCUGGGCUCUGGAGGAGCAGAGCAGGAUGAAUGGCAGCUUGCUCCCAAGAGGAGGGGAGGGGCCUGGACCACCCACUCCAGUUCCUCGUUCUCCGCUCACUGCGCUCACUGCCGACACACACACACGUCACAUAGCCGGGUGGGAGUGAGGGGGAGGCAGGCCUAGCGCCGUUUUGCUAGUGAGCAUCCAAGAAGCAUUUCUAGGAAUGGCAAAGAAGUGUUGGCCCCACAACAGGCAAGUAUGUUCAGUGAACAAACGCAUGGGCCCCACUCCUCUUCUGGGGCCUGUAGUGACAGGCCCUGGAGCCCUCUGCCUGCUUUCUUUUGGAGAGAAUGGGCCAACCGGGCGUUAGAAGUUAAUCCUACCUGGGAUGGACAGAAUCCAAAAAUCCCCUCCUGGUCCCGUCCACCCCUGUUCUUUAUUUCAGCUCCUGUUUGUGCAAAGCUUCCAUUCCAAAGCGGUCUCUUGCCAGACCGCUGAAGAAUUCAGAGUUUGCUAGUCCAUCCAACAGCAGUUUUGAGGGAGACCUUUGUCGUACUCUGAAUUUCCUGGUCCGGGUCGUGAACCUGUCUUCUAGGAGAGUGGCCCGCGGCAGGGCCAUGUGAAGAUUUUUCAUUAUGGAAAGAAAGGGUUCGUACUCGUUUAGCGGCUCCGUGUUUACAAGCGCCUCCCAUGUACCAGGCACUGUGCUGGAAUGAGUCAGCCGUAGACCUUGGCCUUCUCAUAGUUUGGGGAGAGUCUGGGGUCACUGUUCCAACAGGGAGGCCCAUGGGGCACGUAGGAGGGCAGUUUGGGGAGGUUAGGCCAGAAGAGGGCUUUGGCAAACAUAGAAGCUGUAGUCUCAGAAAUCUUUGUAAUGUGUUUCUGGCUACACUUUAAAAGGAGGAAUGUGGCAUAAUCCUGAGUUAGACCAAGAAGUACCCCUGUCAGCCAUGUCUGGAAGAGGAGUUCAGCUGGGGCAGGGUUGGGGGGACCAGAAGCCCGACUACAGAUGCUUUGGGGGCUACUGUCGUAGGGAGCUCUCCAGGGAGCUGCAAGUUCCCGUUUACAAGUGUUUAGAGCAGCCUUUCCUUGUACGUCCCCCAGGAAAUGAGACUUUGGGUACCCCCCACGGAAAGAGCCCCAGGUUUGGUCUGUGGACGUCUACAUAAGGAAUGUCUCCUCUUCUCCCCUUGAAGAUUGACAGGGACCUCAGAGCACCAAAGGCAGUGAGGAGAUUUACAGAAAUUAUGCCCAUAUUUUCCUAAAAACGUGUCUAUGGAAUCCUUUUUUCUCUGUAGUACCUUGAUGCAUAGAGCCGUGCGUGUUCCUUCUUAAGAUCUUGUCUUGCAAUUUGUGUGGGCAAAGAGUGGUCAGUCACCGUGAAAACCAUCCUUGCAGCUCUUUCACUGUCUCUACGUCUGGCGGUGGUUUAAGUUUUGGUUUUGGACUCACUUCUUUGUGUUGGUUGAGCACCACCUGUUGACUGUUGAGCUAUUACAGAAAUCUGGGAUGCUGUGAUACCAGUUGUAUAUUCUGACCUCCUGUAUAUUUGUGCUGAAGUUUGGCCAAAUUUGACAUAAACGUCAAGGAAAAGUGAACCAUUUCAGCAAGCGAGGAGGAAGAAGAUGAGAACCCCAGACUGCCCCCGUCGGAUUUGGUUUCUAGCCUGUAGGGUUUGAGCUCCCUCUGUAUCAUCAUACCUCUUCAUCGUAAGUGAUUGAAGCUGUCAGCAUGAUCUGGCCUCUUUGAGAAGGUGGUCUUAUGCACAUGUCAGUCAUUUUCUGUUUUCUUCUUCUUUUUUUUAAUGUUUAUUUAUUUUUGAGAGAGAGAGAGAGAGAGAGAGUGCGCACGCACGCGCGUGCAGUGGGGGAGGGGCAGAGAGAGAGGGAGACACUCUCAUGGGCUCAAACUCAUGAACCGCGAGAUCGGACGCUCAACCGACUGAGAGACCCAGGCACCUGUGAGUCAUGGGUAUUUUCUCUAAUUUUUUAAAAAAAUUUUUAAUGCUUAUUUGUUUUUGAGAGAGAGCGUGCAUGCGCAGUGGGGAGGGGCAGAGAGAGAGGGAGACACAGAAUCUGAAGCAGGCUCCGGGCCCUGAGCUGUCAGCACAGAGCCCCACGCAUAGAGCCUGACGUGGGGCUCGAGCUCACAAGCUGUGAGAUCAUGACCUGAGCCAAAGUCGGACGCUCGACCGACUGAGCCAUCCAGGCGCCCCUCAGUCACUUUUUCUUCACAAAGCAGGGGUAAGGGUCUGUUUGUAUUUAAGCCAAUGGUUUUGCGGGUUUUUUUUAAGUUUAUUUAUUUUUGAGAGAGAGAGAGAGCAAGAGCGAGCAGGGGAAGGGCAGAGAGAGGGAGAGAGAGAAUCCCAAGCGGGCUCAGCUCUGUCAGCACAGAGCCUGUCGGGGGGCUGGAACUCACGAACCGUGAGAUCAGGACAUGAGGCGAGAUCAGAAUUGAGUCGGAUGCUUAAGCAUGGAUGCAGCCACCCAGGCGCCCCACCCAGUGGUUAGUUCUUAACAGACACUGCAGGACACCAGAGGUUGUUCUCUUCUCUGGGGUCCUUCCUCGUUUGCAUUGUAACCCUUCUGGGCUUCUGUCCUCAGCAGCCCUCUGUGCAGGUGGCCUUUGAAUCCUGGGCUUCGGUAAGAGGAAGCUGUCAGUUAUAGAAAAAGUAGGGGUUUUUUUCCCCUUAAGGAAAUAAAAAAAAAAAGAGGGAGUUUUCUAAUUGUUUUUUUCCCCCUGGAACCACCUGCCUGGCUAGAUACUAAGUUGCUGAAAGAUCUUGCAGAGGAGGGGAGGGAGGGUUGGUUUGCCAAACGGAGGGACCUAAUCUACUCUGCUCCCCGGCCCGGUUUAAAGCACCUUGCACGCCUCCCCCGGCGCUUCGCCUCGUCCUGGAGCUCCCCACCAGGCGUGUUCUGGCUCACGUCAAGGCUGUCACAGGCAGGGGCCACUCGCCACCUUGUGGUUUAGCCCAAGUUUUCUGAGCCUCCGGGCCUUGGCUGAGAUGUCACCGCCUUCAGAAAGCCUCUUCUGACUGCUCUGACCGGGUUGAUUAUAAGGCUGUGUGCUACCCCAGCCCUCUGUCCUUCUUUGUGACCCUCAGCACCUUGUAUGCUCCCCAGGGGCGGGGCCUCAUUUCCCCAUCUGCCCCUUUCCUCCGCUCGUUGCGCUCGCCCUUCUCGAAUGAGGGAAUGAGACCCAGUUCCUGCCUUCAAAGCGCUUGGACAGGGCUGACCUCUGCCCAGGUCUUUGUUCACUGGUAUUGAGGGUGGGCCCAUGGGUGUCACUUUUUUCCUCCUGUGGGGAAGGAAGAGCCACGUGACAGUGGUGGCAAACGCGAAAGAAAGAACGUUUUGAGUCAGGGGGUGUUAAGACUCGGGCUUUUCAGAAGUAACUUGGAGAUGGCUAUUAAUAACAUAUUUUGCUUUAGGCUUACCAGUUAUAUGUGUCUAAGUGUAUAUGUGUACAUACAUACGCACCGUCACUUAGUCCUUAUGCACAUACUCUGGAGGAGAUGGUGUCAUCCUGAGUUAUGAUUAUCCAGCUGUCAGACAGGUUACCCAACUGCAAAAGCUGCCCGGUGCACGUGUGAUGCAGCCGAGCCUCCAGCCCUGGCCACUGGCCCUGAGUGCAAGUGGACCCCACUCGGAGCUGGGUUAGGGGGCCUUUGGACUGGGGACAGGCAGCAAGGAGGGUGUGUGACAGGUUUGAAACCUCUAACCCCUUGAGCUGAGGCUGCUGCUGUCCGUCCCUCCGAUUCUUACGAGGGCGUCCUGUGAUGUUUUCUCUCUGCGGAUCGUACGUAGCCUUCUGGCCUGUGUGAUCUGAAGCCUGGCUCCCUGGGGUGAGUGGGGGAGGCUUGAGGUCUUUGCCAGGCGCACAGCCAGGGGCUUUGCUUUAUAAGCCGGGUUCUCGGGUUCCGGUAAGUCUUACUGUUUGGGUGCCGUCUCUGGAGAUACCUGUUGUUCUUCCUCACGAGGUCUUUCUGAGUUGGCUCAGCAGAAGAGGCAGGGCUGUGGCUCACAGGUAGAACCACCUGAUCCCCCUUGGAUGUGGACCGAAUGGCGCCUUGCACGCCUCAUGCCUUCUGAAAAAGGGAAACCCUGUGUCAGCCACCCAGAGGUGGCUUCUAUCUUAGCACUUGGGAAACUCAACUCUCCGAGAAGGCUGUGCCAGGUGGCGCGCCUCGCCUGCUGUUAGCUUGGUGUGUGGGGCUCUUUAACUCAUGCGGCGGACAGUUAUUACCUGAGCCCCUGCUGUAUGCCAGGUUCUCCGCUGGGUGCUCAGGGUGAUGACGUCUCACGGGCUGCGUGGAGGUGUGGGUGUAGACGUUGCUUUGUGGAGGGUAACUCAGUGCUGCCUUUGAGUCUGAAUGGUGCUCAGGGAGCCCUGAAGGGGUCAGCAGCAGCCUGGGGGAGGCCAGAUGGUAUUGCAGCAGCGUGUUAAAGGACGAGCAGGUGGCAGAAGGAGCUCCACGAAGAGUGAAGACCGUGUGUGCACAGGCCUGGAGGCAGGAGAGGGCCCAACAGGCUCUAAGGCCAGUGGGACACUUGUGUGCCUGUAUUGUCAGUGCCUCCUGGGGACUGGUGGCAAAGGAGACGGACCAGGUUAAAGGAGCUCGGCUUUCAUUCAGUCGCCAGCAGAUUUCCUUCUUUCUUUUUUCGCCCCAGCCUUAUUGGGUUGUAAUCGACAUACGACAUUGCACAAGUUUCAGAAGAUGCACAACGUGAUGGUUUGCUAUAUUGAAAAAUCAAAAGAUUCUUAAUUUUUAAUUAUGAAAAAUUUAAAAGACCUGUGAAAGCCAGCAGCCUAAGGCAGUGACCACAUACCCAUCCUCCCACUGCAAACUUCGCAGCCGCAGCCAGCCCUGCCUCCCCUGCGAGCCGCGGACACCAUUGCCGCCACGCACACCUCCCCCUUCCCUGCUGCUGAUCCCUUUGAAGAAAUCCCGGAGUGACGUGUGUAUUCUCUCCAGCCUAGCCUGUGGCUUGUGAUAGAUUACUCUAGGUCUGGAGUGACGGGGUAGCCCUUUGUGAUUUUGUUUCAUUUUCAGAGGAACCACUAAGUUUCCCUUCUUGGUCUUGCCUUUCAGUGGGAAGUUGGUGUCUCCAAAGUGGAAGAAUUUCAAGGGCCUGAAGCUGCAGUGGAGAGACAAGAUACGGCUCAACAAUGCCAUCUGGCGGGCGUGGUACAUGCAGUAUUUGGAGAAGCGCAAGAAUCCCGUGUGCCACUUCGUCACUCCACUAGAUGGCUCUGUUGAAGUGGAUGAGCAUCGCAGGCCAGAGGCCAUCACCACAGAAGGAAAGUACUGGAAGAGCCGCAUUGAGAUCGUGAUCCGGGAAUAUCACAAGUGGAGAACCUACUUCAAGAAAAGGCUGCAGCAGCACAAGGAUGAGGACCUGUCCAGCCUGGCCCGGGAUGAUGACAUGCUUUAUUGGCACAAACGUGGGGACGGAUGGAAGACCCCGGUGCCCAUGGAGGAGGACCCACUGCUGGACACAGACAUGCUCAUGUCAGAAUUCAGCGACACCCUCUUCUCCACACUUUCCUCUCACCAGCCGGUGGCCUGGCCCAACCCCCGGGAAAUAGCACAUCUGGGGAAUGCCGACAUGAUCCAGCCGGGGCUCAUCCCCCUGCAGCCCAACCUGGACUUCAUGGAUACAUUUGAACCUUUCCAGGACCUCUUCUCUUCCAGCCGCUCCAUUUUUGGUUCCGUGCUGCCUGCUCCUGUCUCAGCACCUGCACCGGAUCCCAACAGCCCACCUGCUCAGGAGAGCAUCCUGCCAGCCCCUGCUCUCCCCACCGUGAACCUCCCUGACGGCCUCAUUUCGCCUCCUGCGGCCACCACCCUAGACCCUACGGAUAGGCCGGGAUGCGAUCGAGCUCCCCGACCUGGAGACCCCUUUAUCCAGCCUACAGACUUCGGUCCCUCUGCACAGCCUCUGAGCGUCCCCCAGCCUUUCCUCCCGGUGUUCACCAUGCCCUUGCUGUCUCCCAGCCCUGCCCCGGCGCCUGCUUCCCCUGCUCUGCCGUUAGCCCCACCCCCGGCCACUGCCUUGAGCCCCCUGGCUCCACCCGCCUUCCUGCAGCCGAAGUUUGCUGGAGCCAGCAAGUCGCCCUCCGUCAUCACGCACACGGCCUCCGCCACCCUCACCCACGAUGCAUCUGCCACCACCUUCAGCCAGAGCCAGGGCCUUGUCAUCACAACCCACCAUCCCACCCCCUCGGUGUCACCCUGUGGCCUGGCACUGCCUCCAGUCACCCGGCCUCCAACCGCUGGGCCGUCUCAACCGUGUUUAACUUUUGUGCAACCCAAACCGGUCUCCUUGACUGGGGGGAGGCCCAAGCAGCCCCCCAAAAUAGUGCCUGCUCCCAAACCUGAGCCCGUGUCCUUGGUAUUGAAGAAUGCUUGCAUCGCCUCAGCUGCCUUUUCAGGACAACCUCAAGCAGUGAUUAUGACAUCAGGCCCUCUGAAGAGAGAAGGGAUGUUGGCUUCUACUGUGUCCCAGUCCAAUGUGGUCCUCACGCCUGCCUCCAUCGCCCGGGCUCCUGGAGUCACGGAGUUCCACAGUGGCAUCCUGGUGACAGACCUCGGCCAUCCCACGAGCAGCCAGCCAGCCCCUGUCUCUCGGCUCUUCUCUCCAGGCACAGUGCAAGAGUCCCUGGUGAAGGGAGAGCAGGCCUCUGCCACGGGUCCCAGUCGAGAUUGCCCAAACUCAGGGCAGGCCUCUCCAUGUGCUUCAGAGCAGAGCCCCAGCCCCCAGUCUCCCCAGAACAACUGCUCAGGGAAAUCUGCAGACCCCAAAAAUGUGGCUGCUUUAAAGCAGAACCGGCAGAUGAAGCAUAUUUCAGCUGAGCAGAAAAGGCGCUUCAACAUCAAGAUGGGCUUUGACACCCUUAACAGUUUGAUCUCUAAUAAUUCCAAGCUGACCAGCCACGCCAUCACGCUGCAAAAGACCGUGGAGUACAUCACCAAGCUGCAGCAGGAGCGGAGCCAGAUGCAGGAGGAAGCCCGGCGGCUGCGGGAGGAAAUCGAGGAGCUCAACACCACCAUCAUCUCCUGCCAGCAGCUGCUCCCCGCCACAGGAGUCCCUGUCACCCGGCGCCAGUUCGAUCACAUGAGAGACAUGUUUGACGAGUAUGUGAAAAGCCGGACCCUACAGAAUUGGAAGUUCUGGAUUUUCAGUAUCAUCAUCAAGCCGCUGUUUGAGUCCUUCAAGGGGAUGGUGUCCACCAGCAGCCUGGAAGAACUGCACCGGACGGCACUGUCCUGGCUGGACCAGCACUGCUCCCUGCCCGUCCUCAGGCCAACGGUGCUGAACACCCUCCGGCACCUGAGCACCACCACCUCCAUUCUGACAGACCCGUCCCAGCUGCCGGAGCAGGCGGCAGAGGCUGUCACCAGAAUUGGCAAGAGAUCGGGGGAGUCUUAGCGCCUAGCAGGCACGUGGCCGCGCAAGAUGCCUCGAGGCUCUUCCCUGCCUGCGGAGAGGAUGCUGCACCCCAUGCCUCUCCUGAUGCGGAGCUCAGGGCCCCCCUCCAACUCCGCUGGCCCACCGGGCCGCUCAGAACACUGUGCUCAGGUCUGAAGCAGGUUCGGGUCCUGCCAACAGCAAUAGCCCAUCUUUGGGAACCCCUUGCUGUGAACUCUCACUCAGCGACCUCAGUCGUGACCUCCCCUGCCCUCGGGCAACCCAGACAAAGUCCUGUCCUGCUGGCGGCCUGCCAGGCCCAUGGUGCCGGUGCAGGGAGUAGAUGGGACAGAAGGGGCAGGGCCUGCUCCUGUGAGCUAUCAGAGGCAUACGGUUCCUCUCCGGUUCUGUCCUCAGACUGAGAGAUACUCGCUCCUGUCACCCCUGGGUACUCGGACGGCUCCGAGUGACUCCUGUGCCACUCUGACAUGCCCACGGGGCAGGCGGAAGGCGUCUCUCUCCCUCCCUCAGACUCUGACCUUGUAAGUAGGUUUGGACGGCUGCUCAGGCUUGCGCACGGUAGGCCGCCUCCCACCGCACGAGCCACCAGGGAACCUCAGAACCCGUGUGCACAAGUGGUGGGUGUGAAUGCACGCGGGACAAGAAGGAAAGCACGAGCAAUGCAAAGCUGCCGCCCUGGCUUAGAGACCCCCUCGGGCGGCACUGUGGUCUGGGAGUGACUUCGUUCUGCCUGGCGUUGUGAUGGCCACACGUCGCUGACUUGAAACCGUGGCAGGGACUCGGGUGGGGCCUCCUCGGGCAUCGCCUCGCUGCAUGGCCCUCGUUCUCCGCUUGCUUCCGAGCCGUAGCCUCGGGUAAGCCAGCAGUGUUCCGUGGAUGCGUACAGCCCCCAGGGUGGAGCGUCUGAAAGGCCAGACUCCACGGUGCCGUCAUCGGUCCGGUCAUCUUGGCCGGAUUGUUCAGCCAGGAGCCCCAAACCGUAACAGUUCUCGGACCAAAGAUGUCACCACACCCAAAGUCUGUCCUGUCUCGUGUUUGGAGGAAGAAAUUGAGUGUUGACAGGCAGAACUCUGAGGCAGCCAGCCUUCGAGCUGUCUCUGGGCACCUCCAGAUCAGGCAGUGAAGAGCUACACUCGUAUUUGAUCAAGGUGGAGGGAUAUCGGGGGGCCAUGGCCUGCUUCCAAACAUGGGAACUGCAGCUGGGGCGUCCAGGCCCGUCCAGGCCCGUCCUCUUGCUGUACCUGUCGGAGGACCGCGGACGGAAGGGCGGGCGCUCACUCUAACACUCAGGAAGCCCAGCCCAGGGUACCUUCUUGUUGAAAGAAUGUGCUUCUAACGUUCUGCUGUGAAGUUCGGAGGGUUAGUGAACUUCCCAUUCAACCUCUGUCCUCCCGGCCAGAGAUGGAGCCUGGGCGGUGCUGGGCAGGCUGGAAAUCCUGGGGCGAGCUUUGCAGGGGCUCCGAGGGCUGCCUCCUGAAAUGUGGGUCCAUUUGGAGGCUCCCACUUCUUCCUGGAGGCCCGCUGAAGGCGCUCGGGGGCAGCCAGCCCUGCCUCGGCCUCGGCUGAUGGAGAGCAGAGGGGGCGUCCUCUCCCUGCUGCCGUCGCUGCCGCGGGUCACCGACCAGCCACCUGUUCCCUCAUCUGUCCUUCAGCCUCACGGAAGAGCAGCCUGGCGGCGUCCCUCGGCCUACAGCGGAAAAACGUGUUUACAGGCCUUCCAGAUCACUUCCCUCAGGGGUGAGCACACAAAGCUGGGCUAAUCCUUAAUAUCCACUGGGAGGUGGUAAGAGAACUUGCCCUUCACCCCAGGACAAACGUGAAGUCUCCCUUCAAAAGGGAGAAGACCACCACGGUAAGAACUCAUUACGGUCAAAAGGAAAACCACAUGAUGUCCCCAGCUAUGAGGGCUCGUGGAGGGUCAUGAGCUCAGUCCCUUCCACAGUUCCUGUGCCUUUGUAAACCGCGUGGAUGGCCACAGUGCUUGGCCCACCAACACCUCUCCUGAAUUAGCAGCCUUCCAAGCACCCCGUGCUGGGAGUCUUUUUUUUUUUUUUUUUUUUUCUUUAACUCCGUGGGAUAUAAAAUUGGCCUCCUGCUUCUUUGGCCUACCUCUCCUCCUCUCCCUUUUGCUGAAUUGAUGUUCAUGUUUCUGUUUUGUUGAAUAUUUAAGGCUGUUGGUCACGUGAGACUUUGAGGUGUGUGUGUGUGUGUGUGUGUGUGUGUGUGUGUGUGUCCUAGCAGACUGUUAACUAGAUGCAUGUUUUUGUUUCGAGAUAAUUACUUAAAUCCAUUUCUCUUGGUGCUCACAAUUACCACGGCUGUAGGGCCACAAAGCUGUAUCUCUUCUCACAGACACGAUUGUUUCUUGUCCCAGAAUCAUUUCUUGUUUUGGAAUCUUGCUCAAUGAACAUGGCCAGAGGGGCCCAGCCAGCGUGCAGGGACAGCGAGACCACUCUUCCAGCAGCCUCCAGUGGAUGCUGACCAUGGGGCUGUGCUUUGUUUACGCUCAUUUCCGCCCCUGCUCCUGCCUCUACUCCCAGAAAAGAAACAUUAAAAUGCUGACGCUUUGGAGAAUUAGAAAAACAAUCUGAAAAGGCGGGGCGGGGGGGGGCGGGGAGCCCAUCUGGCACAUAAAUCUGAAAAGCAUUUCUGUGAAAUCUUUCUGUGCCAUCAGUUCCCUUCACACUGCUGCGUGCUCUGUCACAAUGAAUGGGACACGGAGGGACAGGGCAGGUGCCGCCGUGGGGCUUUCUGAGACUUGGCGGGCUGUCCCUCCGUCUCUGGCCUCAGGUGGUUCUGCACCAGCAGUCACCCUUCACCCACCCAGGAUGCUUCAGCCCGUGCACCCUGGCUGCCGUCCAGCCGUUUUUCUCACACUGGAGCACUGGUCCCGGCAUCAGACGUUAGCGUUGAUGAGAUGCUAACAGGCAUCACGGGCUCUUGUCAGGAGGAAGGAACCCCCGACGCUGCCCUGUUCCUGGAGCCUCUGCAAGAAGAGGUCGCCCAUGUGUCCUUGGGCACCCGCUUCCUCGGCUUCCUGUCCUUGUGACCUGACCCCUUCCCCUUGGUAGAGGUUGGGCCUGAAGGUUUUUCUGUUCUGGCCAAUAGAAAGAUAAACCUAGACUGUGAGGGAGCGUGGCACCCCACGGUGGUGCCGGCCCCCUUUGUCUCACCCCAGGUGAGGGUGUGCAGUGGUGAGUGACCCGAGAACUAGAAGAACGAGAAGUGGGUUUGUGGUUUCCAGGCUCACAGGCUGUCACAGUGUAGCUGAAGCAUGCAUCUGCAUGGGGCCGGGCUAUCCUCGACGGUCUUUACCCGGCUGCUCACGGCCCCGCAUGCCGGGUGCAAGCUGGCCCUCGCGCUCUUCUCUGUCUGGUGGGAAGUUACCUUUCCCUAGAGAUACCCUGCUUCCCAUUACGCACUUUGCCACUGGUGACACCCGCCCGCCGCUCACCGGGAUUUAGCUGUGCCAAGUGUUCCUGCAGUCGUGGUCUCGUCGAGGGAGCUGGGUGCCCUGAUGUGGGCACCAUGGCAGCCGUGGGCCAUAGUCUGUGCCACAGUGUCCCAGUGCCUCGUACGUUCAAGAGAAUCUUCACCACGUCUGAACACGGACAAAGGGAGAGGAGGGUAGGGCUAGAGAGUGGAAGAGCUUGGACGCUCAACACGUUUGUACCGUUCAGUAGUAGUCUCCUUGGCCUUGAACCCGUCUGAUCGGAGAGGCUGCGGGAUCAAGGAGAGGCCUUAGGACCUACCGUGCACAUCCACAGCUGCUCCAUUCUCUUUUCCUUCCGAGGACUUGGCUUUCCUGGCUCAUCACACGGGGGUUCUGUUUCCUUGUCGGGGUUUUUGCGAAAAUCAGCCUUUGAGAAAAGAAAAGGGAACUUUUCAUGUUGAAUGUUGGCUUUGACUCUGUGUGUGUGUGUGUGUGUGUGUGUGUGCGCGCGCGUGUGCGUGUGCAUGUGCUUGCACAAGCCUGCCUGCGUGCAUUUACUUAAUGGAAUUUUAUUUUUGUGAAAUUCCUUCCCAAGUAUGUAGCAAAAUUCACCUCCAUCUCCCAGUCAGACUUUUGGUGCCAUAGUCAACCCUGGGCAUCACUCAUUUGAAGAAUUCUUUUCUCGGUUUCUGAACAGAGGUGUGCUACUCGCAAGGCUUGAGGUUCUGGAAGGUUAGGAGACACUGACACAUUUUUCCAUAGAGUUUACGUCCUACAGUUGAAGGGUCUGAAGGGCUCUGGCUCAGGAGACAUGACUCCAGGCUGUGUCUCUCCCAAGGGAGCUUGAACACAGCCCGUCCCCUACAACGCCCUGCUCUCUCUGUACCCGAACCUUCUCGGACAGCCCUCAAAAGGAAACCGGAUUCAUCUACUCACUUUGUAACACCACGGCUGAGCCACCAUGUCCUCUUCCUAGUGUACCUGGCUCGUUUUUUCUGUUGUGAGCUCUGGUGAUUGUGUCAGGGCUCCAUUAGGAGGAAGUUUCCUCUCGUGGUCUGAAAAACAAAACCGGAGAAGAGCCUUGUUAAUCAGAGGCUCCCUCAGGCCUGUGCCAUCCAGAACACCACCCCUCAUGCUCCGCUGUUGAGAAGCACGUUUCCACCAGCUGUAUUCAACACUACAAUGCAGUUUUAAAACUAUAUUUGCAUCCGAGACAAUAAAAAGCUGUAUUUUUUUGAAAA